UGGGGGAGAAAAGAAAAAGAGGGGCCCAGCAAAGCUGCAACAACCCAGCCCCUUGAUGAUUACGCACAGAAGGUGGAUACUUCCAACCUCGCUUCCAGCCCCAGCUUCGCCUUUCCAGCAACGCAGACUUGUUAGCAUGCCGACCGACGGCCGUUUCCGCCGUCUGACAGCUACACACGCUCAUCGGGGAGCAGUGUCAUGGUUUGUCUACUGGCUGUCACGGUGCUGCGUGCCAGCAUCCGGGAUGCUAGGCAUGGCGCUCCAUCGAUGCUGGAUCUAUCGUUGUUCUGCAGGCCUGUCAUCAAGUCCCGAUCAAGCGCCGGCGCCUGCGGCCGAUGAAUGAACCCUGCGUUGAACCGAGAUUGGUGAAGAUCCGUUAGAAAUACCAA